ACAAGCGAGCUGAGCAAGCCGAGCAGAUUCGCAGGCAUUCCUAGCCGAACGCCGAUAAGGCAAGCCUUCCCAUUGGGUAGAAGGCUGCGCCUGCGCAGCCACUCUCCUUCCCCCUCUGUGUCAGUCCGUCAGUCAUGGAGCGGCUGCUUCGAGCCGCGGCGGCAGGAGCAGCAGCAAUAGCAGUAACACGACCAUCCUCAUCCCUACCACCAGCAGCACGCGCAGCCCGGGACAUCCAAGCCAGACUUGUUAGCAGAAGACGCUGCAACGCGAAGAACCUGCACGGACUGCGCGCGCGCGCCGGGGUCCGCAGUAGCAAUAGUGGCGUCUCGCGCCACUGGGCGCAGUGACUGACGGCGCGAGCGAGCCCAGGAAUUCCGUCUCGUGCCUGCACGGCGACUGCGAGUCAAACAUCGCGUCUCUCUCUCUCCCCGCCUGCGAUGUUCCAGUCAUGAAACGUGUACGCACAGAACAGAUUCAGAUGGCAGUUUCCUGCUACCUCAAACGCAGGCAGUACGUAGACUCAGAAGGUCCUCUGAAACAAGGGCUGCGCCUGUGUCAGACUGCAGAAGAAAUGGCAGCUAAUCUAACAGUUCAAUCUGAGUCGGGUUGUGCCAACAUUGUCUCUGCUGCACCCUGCCUAGCAGAACCACAACAAUAUGAAGUACAGUUUGGGCGUUUACGCAACUUUCUUACAGAUUCAGAUUCUCAGCACAGCCAUGAAGUGAUGCCUCUUCUGUAUCCCCUCUUUGUCUACCUCCAUCUUAACAUGGUCCAAAAUGGCCUAAAGAGCACAGUGGACAGUUUCUAUAGUCGCUUCCAUGGUAUGUUCUUGCAGAAUGCCAGCCAGAAGGAUAUCAUUGAGCAGUUGCAAACCACCCUAACAAUUCAAGACAUCCUGUCAAACUUCAAGCUCCGGGCAUUUCUGGACAACAAGUACGUCAUCCGCCUCCAAGAAGACAGCUACAACUUCCUCCUUCGCUACCUCCAAAGUGACAACAACAAUGCUCUUUGCAAAGUCCUCUCCUUGCACAUUCACUUAGAUGUGCAACCAGCCAAGAGGAUGGACUACCAAUUGUAUGCUAGUGGUGGCUCUUCACGAAGUGAAAGCAAUGGCCUGGAGCCCACUGAUAUGCCUGCUUCCAUCCUGCAGAAUGAGGCAGCCUUGGACAUACUGCAGGAUAGCAUUAAAAGAGUCAAAGAUGGGCCUCCCUCGCUCACCACUAUCUGCUUCUAUGCAUUCUAUAACACUGAGCAGUUGCUGAACACAGCAGAGAUCUCGCCAGAUAGCAAGCUGCUGGCUGCUGGCUUUGACAAUUCGUCUGUAAAGCUGUGGAGCUUGCGGUCCAAGAAGCUGAAAUCUGAACCUCAUCUGGUAGAUGUGUCCCGAAUCCGCCUGGCUUGUGAUAUGUUGGAUGAGGAGGAUGAAGAUGAUAACGUGGGUACAGAAAUGAAGAUACUAAGAGGCCACUGUGGGCCAGUAUAUAGCACAAGGUUUCUGUCGGACAGUUCAGGGCUCUUGUCAUGUUCAGAAGACACCUCCAUCAGAUACUGGGACCUUGGAUGUUUCACAAACACAGUGUUGUACCAAGGGCAUGCCUAUCCUGUGUGGGAUCUGGACAUCAGUCCUUGCAGCUUGUAUUUUGCAAGUGGUUCCCAUGACCGCACAGCAAGGCUCUGGUCAUUUGAUCGGACGUACCCACUGCGGAUCUAUGCAGGUCAUUUGGCAGACGUGGACUGCAUUAAGUUUCAUCCCAAUUCUAAUUACUUGGCUACAGGAUCUGCAGACAAAACAGUGCGACUGUGGAGUACCCAGCAAGGAAACACAGUGCGUCUGUUCACGGGUCACCGUGGCCCAGUGUUGUCACUUGCAUUUUCUCCAAAUGGUAAGUAUUUGGCUUCAGCAGGUGAAGAUCAGCGGCUUAAGCUGUGGGACUUGGCUUCUGGCACGCUUUACAAGGAACUGAGAGGACACACUGAUAAUAUCACCAGCCUUACCUUUAGUCCGGACAGCAGUUUGAUUGCUUCUGCAUCUAUGGACAAUUCUGUUCGGGUUUGGGAUAUUCGAAACACUUACUGCAAUGCCCCCGUAGAUGGCUCUUCCAGUGAGCUAGUUGGUGUAUAUACUGGACAGAUAAAUAAUGUACUGAGUGUACAGUUCAUGGCCUGCAACCUUCUCCUAGUGACUGGAAUUGCACAAGAGAAUCAGGAACAUUAACUUUUUUAUCAUAAAUGGGGGGAGGGUGGGGUUAUUGAAAACCAGAGUCUAUUAUAAACUGAAAUUAUAUAUAAUUGACUGUGAACAUUUUUUUUGUCUUUCCCCUGAUGGACAUGUCCAGAAUGAUGGAAAUACUGUACAGGUGGUCCUCGUUAUUCGCGGGGGUUCCAUUCUCGCCUAUAGGUGCAAAUAAGGAAACCGCGAAUAAUGAAACCUUACUCCAAUGGGAAUCUAGGGGUUAGGUUCCUACACACACAAAAGGGCUAAAAAUGGAGAGGGAGAUCAUAAAUAAGAAAAAUAAAGCAUUCUACCUUACUCUCCAGGUCUCCAGCAAUGCCCACCAAAAAAAAACCCCAUUCCUCCAAUUUUCACAAGAAAUCGUAGGAUUUUUUUUUAAGAGCCACAAAAUGGCUUUGCACUGUAAAAUGGCCAGAAAUGACACCGGAAGGUGAAUUUUAGCCUAUUUUUAUACCGUGGAUAAAGAAGCCAGGUCUCUAAGACCCGUACACAGUUAUGUGAAACUGUGGCUGUUGAAACCACUGAUAACGAGGGCCAUCUGUACUUGAAAAUGUCUUGCAUGGUUGCAAAAAGAUAAGAAAAGGAGGCAAUAGGAGAACUUCAGUGUAGUUGUAUGCUAAGUGCAAAGGCAGGAAGCAAUGGGGGAAAGCCAGCAACCCAGAACAUUCUGCUAUAGGGAUAGCCCAAAACCUGGUCCAAACGGCUAAAAUAUCAACUUGGCAUUUGCACUUAAAUAUCUUGCAUUAAUGGGUACCUCCUACUUUCUGCUAUGUGAGGUUUGUUUGUGUAUGUGUGUCUGUAUCAACUGUGUAGCGCAAUUUCUCCACUGAAUUUUCUGUGGGACCAGAUUAUUUGCCAUCAUAUUGGAAAGAAAAACCUAUUUUGUUGUCGGAUUCCUUAUACAGGCUAUAACACUUGGGGUUCUUCUAGAUCAGAAAUCUGGGAUUUUUCCAAACCUGGUUGCACUGUGGUGAAGUCACAAAAUAGUAGGCGAUUGAUAGGAUGAUAAGUAUUGUGCCUGCUGAAAAGAGCUAGCGGCACGUUUGGCCUCUUAAUAGAAAGGGGCACACUUCAGCUCACCAAAACUAUUUUCUGCAAAUGAAUAUUGACAAAGAUGUCCACAAGAUGGGAAAAUAGUGUUACUAAAUUAUUAAUUGUGAGAAGAUGCAGUUUUGCCAUUUUUGAUAUUUUCCACUAAAUACUGAAAUAUGAGUUGUUUCAUGAAGUCUUCAUACAAGAGUGCAAGCAUGCAGAAUCUGGGGGUGGGAAAAGCAAACGCUCUAAUUUUGUCAUUCAAAGAGAAGAUGAGAUAUUUCUGCUUUCAGGAAAGAGAUUUUGUAUUUUUGGUUUUUUCUAUUAAAGCAUUUAGUUUAAAGA